AUGGCUUUCGCCGGGAUGGCUUCCAUCCCCAACUACGAUAGCACGGCGCAAACAUCUGGUGUCCCCAUCGCCUCUGGCCGCGCCAACCACCACGAGGAGGAAGAAAUCGCUGCUGCAAACCAGAAUACCGUCGAUACCGCCGCCACCUCCGUCACCGACGUCGCCCCGAGCGACUCGACCCACAAGAAGCCCUUGACUUCCCAGGACAGCGACAACAUCUCCGCCGUGGGCGAUGACGAUUCCGAGAUGGAGCGCCGUCAUUCCCUAGUGCAGUCGCUAGCCCGCAAGUACUCCCACGCCUCCGCCGCCGCCGUGGGGGGAAACCCCUUCUUCGCCGACGAGACCUCGCCUGUGAACCCCAACUCGCCCAACUUCAAUGGCCGCGCCUGGGCCCGCGCCAUCGUCGACCUCGUCUCUCAGAAUGGCGCCUCGUUCCGCACCUCUGGUGUCGCCUUCCAGAACCUGAAUGUCUUUGGCUUCGGCCAGGCUACCGACUACCAGAAGGACGUCGGCAACAUCUGGCUGAGCGCCAUUGGUCUGGCCCGCAAGUUCACCGGCGGCGGAAAGACGAGAAUCGACAUCCUCCGCAACUUUGAUGGUCUCGUUCGCAAGGGUGAGAUGCUGGUUGUUUUGGGUCCUCCCGGCUCCGGUUGCUCGACUUUCCUCAAGACUAUUGCUGGUGAGACAAACGGUCUCUACACGGACGAUACCUCCUACUUCAACUACCAGGGAAUGACCGCCAAGGAGAUGCAUACCCACCAUCGCGGCGAGGCCAUUUACACGGCCGAGGUGGACGUCCAUUUCCCCCAGCUGUCUGUUGGCGACACUUUGACCUUCGCCGCCCGCGCGCGUCAGCCCCGCCAGCUUCCCGAGGGCCUUGAUAAGAACACCUUCGCCCAGCACCUGAGGGACGUCGUCAUGGCCCUCUUCGGCAUUUCACAUACCGUCAACACUCGUGUCGGUAACGAGUACAUCCGUGGUGUGUCCGGUGGUGAACGCAAGCGUGUCACGAUUGCCGAGGCCGCCCUCUCCGGCGCCCCCCUUCAGUGCUGGGACAACAGUACUCGUGGUCUGGAUUCCGCCAACGCCAUCGAAUUCUGCAAGACGCUCCGCCUGCAGACCGAGCUCUUCGACAGCACCGCCUGCGUGUCCAUCUACCAGGCCCCUCAGAGCGCCUACGACCUGUUCGACAAGGUCGUCGUCCUGUACGAGGGUCGCCAGAUCUUCUUCGGCAGGGCCACCGAUGCCAAGCAGUACUUCAUCAAUCUGGGCUACGAUUGCCCCGCCCGCGCCACCACGCCCGAUUUCCUGACCUCCAUGACGAGUCCCCACGAGCGUCAUGUCCGUCCCGGCUGGGAGAACAAGGCGCCUCGUACCCCCGACGAGUUCGCCACCGCGUGGAAGAACAGCACCAACUACACGGCCUUGCAGGCCGAGAUCGACGAGUACAAGCAGUCUCACCCCUUUAACGGACCCGACGCCGAGGCCUUCCGUGCCUCCAAGAAGGCCCAGCAGGCCAGGGGACAGCGCGCCAAGUCUCCCUUCACCCUGUCCUACGCGCAACAGGUGCAACUCUGCUUGUGGCGUGGAUUCCGCCGCCUAGUCGGUGACCCCAGCAUCACUGUCGGUUCUCUCAUCGGAAACGUCGCCAUGGGUCUGAUCAUCGGAAGUGUUUUCUACAACCUGCAAAUGACCACCGACAGCUUCUUCCAGCGUGGUUCCCUCCUCUUCUUCGCCCUGCUCAUGAACGCCUUCUCCAGUGCCCUCGAAAUCCUCACGCUGUAUGCUCAACGCCCGAUUGUCGAGAAGCACGCCCGCUACGCCCUGUACCACCCGUCCGCUGAGGCUGUUGCGUCCAUGCUGUGCGAUAUGCCGUACAAGAUCAUGAACACCAUCGUCUUCAACCUAAUCCUCUACUUCAUAACGAACCUGCGCCGCGAGCCCGGGGCAUUCUUCUUCUUCCUUCUGAUAUCGUUCUUCACCGUCCUGACAAUGUCCAUGAUCUUCCGAACCAUCGCCUCGUCGUCACGAACCCUGUCGCAAGCCAUGGUUCCGGCUGCCAUCCUCAUCUUGGACCUCGUCAUUUUCACCGGCUUCGUCAUCCCCAUCGACUACAUGCUGGACUGGUGCCGCUGGUUGAACUACCUUGACCCCCUAGCGUACGCCUUUGAGGCCCUGAUUGUUAACGAGUUCCACGGCCGCAACUUUAGGUGCUCGGAGACCAGCUUCGUGCCCGACCCCCGUGUCCCUGGAUACCAGAACCUGCCCGCUUCUCAGCGUGUCUGCAACGCCAUCGGCGCUGUUGCCGGUCUUGACUUCGUCAAUGGUGACGACUAUGUCCAGUCUGGUUUCCGUUACAGCUACGCUCACCGCUGGCGAAACUUCGGUAUCCUCAUAGCUUUUAUGCUCUUCUUCCUAGUGACGUACAUGGUCACGGCCGAGCUGGUGUCGGAGAAGCAGUCCAAGGGUGAGGUUCUCGUGUUUCGCCGCGGACACAAGCCCGCCGCCCUUGCCGAGAAGCACACCGACGACCCUGAAGACAUCCGCGUUGGACCCGUCACCACUGCUGAGCGCAACCGCUUCAACGAGAAGAGCGAUGGUCUUAUCGAGGAGCAGAAGUCCACAUUUCACUGGAACAACGUCUGCUAUGAUGUUCAAAUCAAGAACGAAACAAGACGUAUUCUGGAUCACGUUGACGGUUGGGUCAAGCCUGGCACCCUGACCGCUCUCAUGGGUGUCUCGGGUGCCGGCAAGACGACGCUUCUUGACUGUUUGGCUGACCGCACUUCCAUGGGUGUCAUCACCGGUGAGAUGUUGGUUGACGGUUGGCACCGCGAUACUUCCUUCCAGCGCAAGACGGGUUACGUCCAGCAGCAGGAUCUGCAUUUGCAGACUACCACCGUCCGCGAGGCCCUCAACUUCAGCGCCCUUCUUCGUCAGCCUGAGCACGUCCCUAAACAGGAGAAGCUUGAUUACGUUGAGGAGGUCAUUAAGCUGUUGGAUAUGGAGGAGUACGCUGACGCUGUUGUUGGUGUACCUGGUGAAGGUCUUAACGUUGAACAGCGUAAGCGUCUGACUAUUGGUGUCGAACUCGUCGCUAAGCCUCCUCUUUUGCUCUUUGUCGAUGAGCCCACUUCCGGUCUCGACUCGCAGACCUCGUGGGCCAUCCUCGACCUCUUGGAGAAGUUGACCAAGAGCGGACAGGCUAUUCUCUGCACCAUCCAUCAGCCUUCUGCCAUGCUGUUCCAGCGGUUCGAUCGUCUCCUCUUCCUCGCAAAGGGCGGCCGUACCGUCUACUUUGGCGACAUUGGCGAGAACUCCAAGGCCAUGACAGCCUACUUUGAGCGCAACGGCGGCUUUCCUUGCCCCAGCGACGCCAACCCCGCCGAAUGGAUGUUGGAGGUCAUUGGUGCCGCGCCCGGCUCCCACACCGAUAUCGACUGGCACCAGGCGUGGCGCAACUCCCAGGAGUACGGCGACGUCCAAGCCGAACUUCAGAGGCUCAAGGACGAACGCGGCGUCCAGCAACCCCCUUCCCAGGACAAGAACAGCUACAAGGAAUUCGCCGCUCCCUUCUUUGGUCAGCUCAAGGAGGUUACCCACCGCGUCUUCCAGCAGUACUGGAGAACCCCCUCGUACAUCUACGCCAAGACCGCCCUGUGCACGCUCGUCGCCGCCUUCAUCGGCUUCGUCUUCUACAAGGCCCCCAACACCCAACAGGGUCUCCAGAACCAGAUGUUUGCCAUCUUCAACCUGCUCACCAUCUUCGGCCAGCUUGUCCAGCAGACCAUGCCCCAUUUCGUUAUCCAGCGGUCCUUGUAUGAGGCGCGAGAGCGCCCGUCCAAGGUGUAUGGUUGGAAGGUCUUCAUGCUCAGUCAGAUCAUUGUCGAGCUCCCGUGGAACACAUUGAUGGCUGUCAUCAUGUACUUCUGCUGGUACUAUCCUGUCGGUCUCUACCAGAACGCCAUUCCCGCCGACCAGGUUACGGAGCGUGGUGCUCUCAUGUUCCUCUACCUCCUCGUCUUCCUGCUCUUCACCUCGACCUUUACCGACUUCAUGAUUGCCGGCUUCGAGACCGCAGAGGCAGGAGGCAACAUUGCCAACCUGCUCUUCAUGCUUUGCCUCAUUUUCUGCGGUGUCCUCGCCAACCCCGACAGCCUCCCCCGCUUCUGGAUCUUCAUGUAUCGUCUAUCGCCCUUCACAUACAUCGUGUCGGGCAUGCUGUCAACCGCCGUCGCAAACACCGAGAUCGCGUGUGCAGCCAACGAAUUCCUGCACUUCAAUCCCCCUUCCGGACAGACGUGCGAGCAGUUCAUGGCCAGCUACAUGUCCGCGGCAGGCGGGUACCUCCGGGACAACAACGCCACCACUGACUGCCAGUUCUGCCCGAUCCAGUUCACCAACGUGUUUCUGGACACUGUCAACAGCAGCUACGCAGACCGCUGGAGAAACUUUGGCAUCUCCUGGGUCUACAUCAUCUUCAACAUAUUUGCCGCGCUGGGUCUGUACUGGCUGGCCAGAGUGCCAAAGAAGGGCGGUCUAUUUGGCAAGAAGAAGGCCGAGUAA